AUGGCCGCGCCGAUAUUCAGAACCCUCUGGCCGUCGCUAGUGAGACGGCCCGCUGCGAUACCGACGGCCUUUCCCAAAUUACCAACCGUGCGGUCGUUCUCCUCGACGCCGUCCGCAAAUGCGACCUUGAACCAAGUUUUGCGAGGUUGCCGGAAGCCCCAGCGCGCACGCCACGCCGUCUCCCCAGCUCUAUCCGACACGCACUGCCCGCAGCAGAAAGGCGUCUGUCUCAAAGUCGGUAUCACGCGGCCCAAAAAGCCCAACUCUGGCGAGCGAAAAACCGCCCGUGUGCGUCUGUCCAGCGGCCGUAUGAUCACGGCCUACAUCCCCGGCGAGGGCCACAACAUCCAGCAGCACUCCGUCGUCUUGGUCCGAGGCGGCCGAAGUCAGGAUUGUCCCGGUGUGCGCUAUCAUUUGGUUCGGGGAGCUUUAGAUUUGGCCGGUGUCUCUAAUCGCAAGUCCAGCCGAAGUAAAUAUGGAACGAAGAAGCCGAAGAAGGCGUCUGUCGGCUCGUAG